CAUGGAAAAGUUUGUGAAGCUGCUGGAGCGAAAGUAUUAUACCCACGGACGGAAUUUGUGUUGCAAAUGUUGGCAAUGAUUCUCUGCUCAAGUAUAAUUCCUCCUGCAACCGUCUUCCCUGCACCACAGCAAACAAAACAUUCCUACGCAAGAAAAACUUCCAAAAUCGUUCUAGAUAUCAUUGGUUUAUUUUUAUUUUAUCGUACAAUCUACUUUAAAUGAGAAAAAAAAAUGCUCCCCAGGGGACUUAAGUACUGCUUGAAGGACCUUAUUCAACGCUUAAACUCUUCGUCCUUGCGGAUCAGUGGAUUUUCAGUGGGGGAGCAGGAGAGUUUUGCUGCUGAUGUUUCAUACGAGAGAAUACUUUUCUGGCGAGUUGUUGAAUUUGAAUGAAAUUAUUCAGUACGUUUGGCAGUUGGUUUGUUGUCCCGCUAAAGCACGCAAGCAGUAUUUUAUAUGCAUGGCAAACAUAUUUCGGGCUCCUUCUCCCUCUCCUGAAUCAGUAUAUUCCAGAGACAGAUGUCCUUAGAAGCAGACAAGUUGAGAUGCAACGCAUGAACAACUGUGUGUUCCAAUGUGACUGUUUUAUUCCUGAAAACGAGCUUACAUCAAUUGACCGCAAAUUUUCACUUGUUUUCAGAAGAGUGUCAGACUUUUACCAAGCAUCAGUCAUUGGGUAGUUCCUCACCCAAGUGACAAUUCUUCAUGCAAGCCGAGAGGAUCAAUACCAGCAGACUGUUCAUAUGCAACUUGACAUGAUGUCCAAGUACAUGCCGUUCCUAGUAGGAGCCACUGGACAGUGACUAAAUAUUUUUCCUGAAGGAAAGCUUAAUUAUGGCGAUUUAGAGGUUUGUUAAAGGUGAAUACUUCCAACCUGCUCAGAGUUAAUUAUUUCUGGACCAAAGGAAGACUAGUCAAUAUUAUCUUCAACUGACAAUGGAAAAUAAAGAUGAAGCUAGUGAUUCUGAUAGUGGAGUAAUUCUGCAGUCAGGAUCUGACAGCCCUCAAUCACCAACGAAAGAUAAGUAUCGGUCUGUCAUUUCACGUAAGCAAAUGCUGGAAGAAACUCUUGAACUUUAUUUGGAUGAACUGAAAAAACUGUGUUUACGUGAAUCUGAGUUGACAGGGUAUUUGCCAAAAGAGUAUCCAUUAGCAGAAGGGGAAAAGCCACCCGCAGUCCGGCGCCGUAUAGGAGCAGCCUUUCAGUUGGAUGAAAAGACAAUUACAGCUAAAGGAGAGGACUCUGAACUUGCCUCUCUGGAGAGAGACUUUGCCUUGCAGUUACAGUUUGUCGAGGCAGCCAAGCGCCUAUCACAAGAAGCAAAUCUAAGCAGGCAGAUAAGAAAACAAAGAAAACAUGCUUGUGUAAAAGAGCAAAAGAAACUAAAUGAAAUCAAGAAAGCUAUAAACGAGCAUCGAGAAAUGGCUGAUGGACGAGGACUGCAGACACGUAACGUAAUUGAAGAAUUGAUCGCUUCUGAUGACAGUUCUCUAGAAGAUGAGAUGGGACAUCGUUGUAGCCAAAAUUCGUCAACAGAAUUCUUGACAGCUGGGCAUGGGAUGCAAAGGAAUCACUCUCCACUGCCGCCUCUGCAGCCCAAUAGGCCAACCCCACCUCAAACUCUGGAAGGGCUUACUCCCGUCUUUUAUCAAUGCAGUGAUUAUGAAAGAUCACCAGUCACAGACACAGCAUGGAUGGAGUCUAAUCUGGAUGAACCAUAUGAAAAAGUGAAAAGAAGCUCCUCUUUGAGUAGCAAGUCAAGCAGUCCGGCAGUGACCCCAUUGGAUUCUGUACCGGGUGACCUCAUGCCUUUACAACUUUUUGAAAUGAGAAACAACAUGUAUCCAAAUCAAAAUUCAAUAAGUGCACCAUCAACCCCUGAACUACGAGGCCGCAUCCACCAUCAAACAGCAAGAUAUUUAGAUGUGAAUCAUUUCCCAGCACCUCCUGAUCAAAGAGGACGCAGCAUGGUUCCCCAAAGAAGAUCGACAAAUUAUGCUGUCAUUGUACCCGAUUUUCGUGCUACUGGGAUGAGAAACAGUGAUAGUUUACACUUAAUGCCAAUUUCUUUGAGUGGGUAUGCCAGCUCAGAGUCCAAUAGCUCUGGAACCUCAACUCCGACAUAUAUUCCAACUCCUAAUGAAUAUAAUGCAGCAGCAGCAAGGCAUUGGCAAAUUUAUAACUCGCCUGUAAACCUGGAAACACCCAUGUUACACGGUAAUGGAUUUUAUCGCUGUAAUCCAAGCCAGUCAUUCUCCCACUAUCGAGCAAUUGAACGCACAGAGGGAAAUGCGAUGAGUCAAGUGUGGGAAAAGGAUCCAAAUCGACAAUAUACCACUAUGCAAUACUUAAACCCUCCACUGUACAGAGAGUGGCAAUACAUUGAUGAGAAAAAUUCACCAACCGUGCAGCGAAUUACUCCAUCCCACUGCAGGAUUGUACGGACUCCUUCUCUAAAGGAAUACUCCAACAGGAGCUUGCUAAAGGAAGUUGUGUCAGAGGAGCUACAGUCUUGGCAUGAGCGCACCAGGCAAAGGAAUGGGCGUCCUCAUUCACUGGACAGACAGGGCGCCUUUCGAGGUCCGCGUACACAGAGCAGAGGACGAGAACACUAUAUGUAUCGGCCAACACACUCUAUUCAGUUCCAACAGAAGCACAUGCCACGCUGGAUCAAAGAAUCUCCACAAAACCAAUGGUACAUGUCAGAAGAAUCAGAAGUUGCACGCCAAUUUUAAAGACUAACUACUGCGAGUCAAAGUUUCUGAUAAUCUAAAUGAUGCGAUUUAUCAAUAACGGUUACAAGAACAAUCAUGCACCUUGGUGAAGAAACACCAUACAGCAAACUCCAUCCAAACUUGCAAUACUUACACAUGACCAAUAAGACUUUCAUUUUGAAUAAAGCAAAGAUCACAACUAAGAUUUAUGCUAAAUAUUAAUAUCAUUUUUUUUUGAAUGAGCUCUAUUGCCCAUUCGUUAAUGUUAAUCCUUCUGUAUUCAUGGUGCUAACUGUAUUGGACAGCGCUCUGGUAUAUUCAGCAGGUGAAGGGUGGCACCUAAUGGACAUCUGCACAUAUUUUGUAAUUCAAACUCACUACAUAUCGACGUUUCUUAACAAUUAUUCUUAUUUAUAUUUCCUGUUUUUUAAAUCUUAUUUACAAAGUUAUAAAGGCUAAUCAAUGACACAGUAUUUUCAUAAAGCAACUACUUAUAAUAAGGAUAAAGAGCCAAAUAUGUUAAAAACAGUGAUAUAUUUUACAGAGUGUGAUACACCGAGGUUUAAUAGUAGUAAACUGACAAGUAAAAUACUAGCGUAUUUACAAUACUAUCCUUUGUAUUUCGGUAUAAGUUGAUGUAUCAGUCAGAAAUAAUAUUCCAUUCAGGAGCCUGAGUCUUCCACACUGGAUUAAGAUAUUGCCAAAAAAGUGCAUGAUUUCUAUUGAGAAUUGCUAUAAACCCCAGAGCCUCCUUCUGUCCAGAUUUUUCGCUGUUCAUGACAAAAUCUAUUCUUGAAGUUAAGAGACAGAUUGACUGUUCCAUUAUUUUGACAGUAAUAAUAUAUAUAAUUGAAGUGAAAUGGAACAGUCAAGUCCCAAAGUGCUUCAUAGAGGGAUAAUCAAGAAAACAGCCAUCAAGUUGAAGAUGCAAAUGAAAGCAUGGUGGUCAAAAGCUUUGUUAAAAUAAUAAGUUAUGAACAGAAUUUAAGAUAGGACAGAAAUGAAAAUGGUACAAGGUUGAAGAAUGUAUAUUCCAUCAGAAGUCCUCACUUCAAGAAAGAAGGUAUGAGAUGAGAAAAGUAUAGCAAAGUUUAUCUCAGCUAGAAUUCUAUGUUAACUGAAGACCCUAGUCCUGUGCUCCAAGCAGAUAAUAUGGCCUAGACAGUUGAAAGCACAGCUACCCAUAGUAAGUAAAUGAGUAGUGGGUGGGGAUGGGAUUGGAAAAAGACAGAAGACUGGGAAUUUUUUUUUGUAGGGAAGGAGAAGGUUACAGAGAUGGGAAGAAUGACAUCUUGGAAGGAUUUAAACAAGAUGAAAAUUUAUAAAUUGAUGACCAGGAAAAUGAUACAUGCUACUUGCUAAAAUUUCACAAAACUUUCUACAAUUACAAAAGGACUCGCCUAGAUGCCAAAAGAAAAUUGGCUCAAACCUAAUUUUGGUAGUGGCACUAAGUGAAUUGCUCCUUCAGAGAGAUACUCAACAGGCCAAAUGGCUGCAUUUAUAAUUCCAGUCUCUGUCUUGCAUUUUUUUAUCCUCUCAUGGAAUGUAGACAAUGCUGGCUGGACUAGCAUUUAUUUUCCAUUCCUACUGCCCUUCAGAAUGUAGUAGUGAGCUGUUUCUUGAACCGGUACUGUCCAUUGAUGUAGGUAGAUCCACAAUGCCAUUAGGGAGGGAGUUCUAGGAUUUUGUCCCAGUGACACUGAAGAAACAGCGAUAUCAUAAUGGACAUCAGAUUGCUGAAUGGCUUAGAGGUGAACAUGCAGGUGAUGGUGUUCCUAUAUAUCUGCUGCCCCUGUCCUUUUAGCUGGAAGUGAUCAUAGGUUUGGAAGGUGCUGCUUAAGGAUCU